AUGUCGCUAUGCUCGCACACGUUCCGAGCAAUAUCACGCUCGCGUGUCUCGCAAUCUAAUACGCUCCUGCCAUUUCUGUACCAGACAGCGACCAUCCUGCAGUGGAAGCCCGUCACACGACCAAACACAGGGCGCAGUGUUUCUUCACAGCCAUCGCCUGAUUACAACAUACCGUUUGAAGAUGCCGAUGGAAAUUUGCCGCCUACAUUCGAAGAGGCGCAGUCUGCACGGAAGACGACGAUAACGGGCUCCGAGCGUGCGGCUUUCGAAAAGCUGUACAAGACGUUCAACACCCAGGGUCGGGGACGGGGCAAGGGCAGCAAUGGCGAGCACGAGGAAUUGGACCAAAUAGCGGAUGAAUACUAUGAGGAUGACGAGGAGAGCUCGGGCAAUUCGCUGGACAAAGUAUUCGACGCCGUAUUGCAGGGCUCGCCACGGAUGCGAAAUGCACAGAGAGACGGCAUCGACGCAAAAUCCAAAACAAAAAAGAGCGCUGAUACCCCGGUAAAGACUAUAGACCUUUCAGGAGUAGAAACACCCCAGGAUAAAAGAAAAUUCACCGCCCGCGCCGAAAAAGAACGCAUCCGCAAACUCCGCCUCGAAGAGCGCGAACGCAUUGACACGCUGCUCAAAUCCGCCCCGACAGAUGUCCACCUGUGGCAGACCCUCGACCGCGAAGUCUUCGCCCAAUUGCGCAAACUCGACCUCGACAAUCCCACCACCAUAACCACCCAGGUGAAAAAGGAGCCCCGAUCGAAGAAUCGACAAAAACCCGCGCCACCAACCCCUGCGAACAAAAUAGAUGUUGACACACGCAUCUUUUUCCCGAAUUACCCCCUUCAUCUCCUCACCGCAAUCAAAACCCUGCGCACAAGCUUCCCCCGUUCCCCUCUUCCGCUCGCCAUCCUCCCCACCAUCCGCUCCCUCGGCCGCUCAUCCUACGCCCUCGGCGCGACGACAGCGCUCUACAAAGCCCUGAUCCGCACCGCGUGGGUCCAGCAGUCAUCCUACGCGCUCAUCGAUACGCUGCUGACCGACAUGGACGCCAACGUUGUGGAAUUCGAUCUCGCAACGCUCGAUCUGCUCGACGGCAUUAUCCGGGAGAAUGAACUGGCGCGUGCGGGGAAACUGGGGAGGGAGAUGCAGAUGCUGUAUGAGUUGGAGGCGUGGGUCGAGGGAUUUGGGAAGAUUGUAAGGUGGAGGAGUGUGGUUGCGGAGAGGUUGGGGGUCAGGGAGCAGAGUGUGGCGAGGCCGGAGAGACAAGCAAGAGAGGUUAGGCAGGAAAUGCCACUCGAGGACGGUGCGCCGGAUGGACUGCCGGAUGCCGUGGUGGCGCGCGAGUCGGAUCCAUUUGCCAGUGAGCAGACUGUAGAGAGCGUAUCAGCGAGCGGAGAAGGUCAAUUCGACGCAGUAGAUGUUACGGCGGAAGGAGAUGCAGAUGCAGAUGCAGAGGCAGAGGCAGAGGUUGAGCCGCCACGCGAAGAAAACGACGCGGAAGAUGCGGACAAGCCCGCGAAGAUUAUGUUGUAA